CACAAUCACUUUCUAAAUGAUAAAAUUCUUAAAUCUACAGUAGACUCAAUUCAAGUAGUCUGGCCUUAACUUGAGCCACCAAAGCAUCUGAACAGUAAAAACCUCUUUUAUUUAAAAAACUGUUCAUAUCAUCCGGACAAAUACACUUCAAAUGAACCUUUUUAAAGAAAUUUUGUGCGAGUUUUUGGGCACAUUCGUACUAAUGUUCUUUGGUACAUCUUCAAUACUACUGAGUGCCAAUUCGCCGCACAUGGAUGACAUACUAGUUCCGGCGUUUGGUUUCUUUAGUGUUAUCGUGGCCCUAGUGCACCUAAUUGGACCCACUUCCGGGUGCCACAUCAACCCAGCAGUGACUCUAGCACUGGCGCUGAUGGGAAGGAUCCACCCCAUUCAUGCGUUUCUCUACUCUAUCGCACAAAUGGCAGGUGGCGCUGCAGGCACUGGCUAUUUGUACUUGCUAUCUCCGCGUGAAUGGGUAGACAAGACUAGUCUGGGGAUGACGAAGGUGAACCCUUCUCUCAACCUAUACCAAGCAGUGGCAUGGGAGGUCACUAUCACCACCCUAUUGGUACUCGCCAUUCUGCUGCUCACAGAGAACAAUCCAAACAGAGAAUUUGAGGGUGUGCCUGCUUACUCUGCCGGAUUCACAGUAGUUGCGUGCAUCUUCAGCGGAGCCGGAGCCACUGGCGCUAGUUUAAAUCCGGCUAGAUCCUUCGCCCCUGCUUUAAUCAUGUGGGACUUCAAAGAUCAAUGGGUGUACUUCGUGGGACCUUUGGGAUCCUCAUUUGUUGAUGUCCUUAUUUACAAAUAUCUUCUACAGGAGGGCAUUAUACAUGUAAACCCCCAAGAACUGCCACAACAAUACCAACUACAACUGCAGCAACAAAAACAACAACGACAAGAACAAAAACAACAGGGCAAGCAAGAAAAAAGCGCCGAACAAACGAGCAAAACGGUUCAUCUUAACGAACUAAACGAGUCAUUCAAAGUAUCAAACACAUGCAGUUAAACGAUAAAAAAUCUUCCCGGAUCAUUUUUUGA